UGCCUCUUCCCCAAACUGCAUGUUGAAAAGAACGUCAUCUGCCUCAUACAUUUAGCUUUAGCUAAAGGUAGCUAGUUGUUGAAAUCAUAGAUACAUCUCGCCGAAACGAGUGUUUUUCUUUUUAACCGACAGCCUACGUAACUUAUUUAUUUGGUACGCCCUGUCUUUACAGUGCCAAACAUGUAUAUACAAGCCAUAUUCCGAUGCAGAGACAUGCUGAAAGGAGAACUGAUCGUGUGAAAUGCUGGCUAGCCUAAUUAAAGCUAGCUAGCUGAAGAGCAGGGGCCGAGAAACGAAAGUGGCUAACAUUAACGAGAGAUAAGCCUAUCGCAACAGUCCUGGGUAUUUUAACAUAACUGCCGCUGAAGCCACAAGAAGAAGGACUCAUAGAGAUAGUUAAUUACCUACAAAGUAGCAUUGCGUCUCUCUAGGGCAGAGCUAUGGGUGCGUUCCUGGACAAGCCCAAGACAGAGAAGCACAACUCACAUGGUGAGGGCAAUGGCCUGCGCUAUGGGCUAAGCUCCAUGCAGGGCUGGCGGGUGGAGAUGGAGGAUGCUCACACAGCUGUGUUGGGACUUCCUGCUCCCGGUAUGACUGACUGGUCCUUUUUUGCUGUGUACGAUGGUCACGCUGGCUCAAGGGUUGCCAACUACUGCUCUAAGCAUCUUCUGGAACACAUAAUCAGUGCUAGCUUAGGGGCCGGAGGGACUAAAGUCUCCCAUGCAGGUUCAGACAGCUCCACCAGUGACCCUCCAGCAUCGGUUCCUCCUGCAGUGGAGGCUGUGAAAGCCGGGAUCCGGACAGGCUUCCUGAGGAUUGAUGAGCACAUGCGCAGCUUCUCUGACCUUCGAAAUGGCAUGGACCGUAGUGGCUCCACAGCAGUGGGAAUCCUCCUGUCACCCGAUCAUUUCUUCUUCAUUAACUGUGGUGAUUCUCGAGCUGUUCUAUACCGCAAUUCACAAGUUUGCUUCUCCACACUUGACCACAAGCCUUGCAACCCACGUGAGAGAGAGCGCAUCCAGAAUGCUGGCGGCUCUGUGAUGAUUCAGAGGGUUAAUGGGUCACUGGCUGUUUCGAGGGCCUUAGGGGACUACGAUUACAAGUGCGUGGAUGGGAAGGGCCCCACAGAGCAGCUAGUUAGCCCUGAACCAGCAGUGAUUGAGAUGGUUCGGGCCCCGGAACAAGAUCAGUUUGUGAUCCUGGCGUGUGAUGGCAUCUGGGAUGUCAUGUCCAAUGAGGAGCUGUGCGAGUUUGUGAAAUCUAGGCUUGAGGUGUCUGAUGAUCUGGAGAGAGUCUGCAAUGAAGUGGUGGAUACUUGCCUGCACAAGGGGAGUCGGGAUAACAUGAGUGUUGUGUUAGUGUGUUUGCCCAACGCUCCCAAAGUGUCAGAGGAAGCUGUGAGGAAAGACGCUGAGCUCAACAAAUAUCUGGAGUCUCGAGUGGAGGAGAUGCUGUCUCGGGAGGAGGGCUUUCCGGACCUGGUAGCAGUGAUGAGGAACCUGUCCACUGACCACGGCAUGCCCCCUCUGCCACCAGGGGGAGGCCUUGCCAGCAAACGCAGUGUUAUUGAAGCAGUAUACAACCGUCUGAACCCAUACGGGGAGGAAGAUGGGCCCUCCUGUUUCAUUUGAAGAAAAACCUGGCCUUGAAGUCCAGAAUGGAGCUGAGUUGGAGUACCACUGGUAGCUGUCCAGCACAACUGCCUGAUCCCAAAAAAACAGGACCACUUUUCCACACAAGAUCACACCUAUAGUCACCUUUUAAUUUCCUCUGGGAUUUUUAAAGUUGUUUUUUUUUUACCCACACUGAGAGAUCAUUUGAAGCAGAAAUUCCAGUUUUAAAAACGAACCGCACACCCAAUGUGGAGGACUGCAAAACAGAUUUUGUUGGUUCUUUUUGUAGAACAAAACAGAGAAAAAUACGAACAACUGCAUUGAUGGUCUGAAAGCAGAACUACAUGUACAGUAUAUACAUCAGAGGAGAGGCAAACAAGCACAGUUUCUCUUGCCCCUUGUUUUCUUGCUGUCUUUGUGGUGGUUGUUUUUGUUGUGGAUUGACGAAGACACAGGAGCAGCCCUGCUCUGAACGCUUUGGGGCUCUAUGGUGCCUUUCUCAGAACUGAGAGAGAAGGGAGGACCUCACAACUCAACAGUCAGCCAGCCAGUCUUUAACAAAUCUCAUGGAUGCUUGUAAGAUACUGAACAGACUAAAGUGGUUUGUUGGCUGCAUUUUGUUUUGGCAUUAUAUGUUGAACUUUAUUUGCACCUGACUAGCAGCCAUUCGACCACACAAGCCUGCGACUUCCACACAUCUCAAGCUGCGCUGUCCAUUUCAGGCAAGCUUGGGGUUCUGGGCAUUACUGGUACUCAAACGGGGGCACAACACUUCACCUGCCCAUGCGCCUGGCUCGCUGGAAAAGGCUUACAGAAUUCCCAGAUUUAAAACUCCUGAAGUCCUCGCAAUCCAUCCAUCCAUUUAACCUCUGGGUUAAAGCCUCAAAUUCAGGGCCCGAGAGUCCAUCACCUGGGUCUACACACCUGAAGACGAGGGGAGCACUCAUGAGAGUCUGUCUGGCAAGUUUGGCUCAUCUGUACUGUGUCCAAAAUAAAACAGGACAAGGGCUGGUGUGCCUAGCUGCAGAUAGGAAUUACAUGGAGAAGGUUUAAACUCUUCUUGCAUGUCCCUGCUCAAUUUCUCUCCUCCUGUCUCUUAAAGGAUAUUAUCAGUUUUCUCACUCUUCCCCUCUCUGUCUCUCUUUUCGCUAUCUCCUUUGCUUCUUAUGACGAGAGUCUGCUGUCAUUUGCAUUGGCAGACAUUGCCAGAAUCAUAAGCUUUUGAGACUGCUGUUUAAGAGAUAGAAAGAUAUGAUUUAUAUAUAAAAUUCAUAUAUAUAUAUAUAUAUAUAUAUAUAUAUAUAUAUAUAUAUAUAUAUAUAUAUAUAUAUAUAUAUAUAGUGGCCUAAUGUGUGUGUGUGGUCUGUGUGUAGACACAGUGUUCCCACACAGCAGCGUUCCAAAGACAGGGUUUGGAGUAAAGGAAUUCCAGCCUCUACCUUCUUCUUCCCCCUUUCUUCUCAACACAUGCACGCACACAAUCCUGCUUCUGCUACAGCUUGCCUUUUUCUAGCUCUCAAAUAUCCUGUGUUUAAAAAACAAAAAAACGCCUUUUUUUUGUUUGUUUUGAUCGAAAAAAUUCCAUUUCCAUUUUUUUUAAAAAAUUACUUUUGUUUGGUAAAUGUUUUUGGUAUAUAUGGCUUUUCAGAGUAAUGUGGCUGUGGUCCUAUUGCAGAUGGAUUAGAAAACGACGAGGGGAGCGUGACAUAUACUUUGUACAACAGAUUGGGAGAGAGAAGUAGGUUUUUGGUGUUUCACUGUAUGAAGUAAAGGAGAGACACCGUAGGACAGAAGAGGAUAGGCCCUACACCCAGAGCUGUGUUCACACUGUUACUGAAAUUGCUGUCCUUAGGUUUUCCAAAGCUGCCUUCAUAGACUUUGCCUCAAAGGCACAGGACAGUUGGUGGGGAAAGCUCUGGCUUGACUCUUUGGAUUGACCAGGAGUCUAUUUCAUUUCUGUCAACCCAAGCACUAAUAAGUGAUUUAACUUCAGAAACAAAUAUUUGUCAGAAAAAGCCUCUUCUUUUUGAAACAAAUGGGCUGAUAGACAAAGUGGAUACACAUACUUUGCAUGUGUGUUCUUUUCUGUAGGUGCAUUUAAAAUAGGCUAUAAGUAUAUACAAAACUGUAAUAUACACUUUUAAAAAUAAAAUCAUUCAAUGGCAAAUUCAUUGUGCUUUCUGAAGUGGCAGUAUUGAAAGAGAAUAGGCCUAACAGUUUGCUGGCUGAUUAAUGUUCUUGUGGUACACUUGCUCUUGGUGCCAUAUAACAAAUAGGUACUUGAAUGUGUAGUUCUUUUGCAGUUGCAUUAUUUUAAUGGGAUGAUUGAUUUUUCUUUGUUUGUGGUGGAGGGAGUGGGAGGGAUGGGAUCUCUAUAGUUGUGCAUGUUUUGUGAUUGAGGGAGGGAGUGUAUUUUGUGUGUGAGUGGGAGAUGUACAGGGCGGAUGGGAAUAAUGUGGACAUGUUCAGUGUGGUGGAACACAAUGUUGGAGAGGAGAGGUAUGAAAGGUGGUGAUAAAAGAACAACAUAGAGAAAAGUGUAACACACAGGAUAUAUUUCAGCAUCUUUUAAUCGCCAUUGUUUUAAGACUGAAAUUCAGUUGGUCAGUCUCUUUUUAUUUAUUUAUUUUUUUGAACCCCCAAACAGUUCGUUUUUCACUGCAUCUAAUUUGUUCCUGAAAUUUAAUCAUUUCCAUUGUGGACUCCUACAUUAUAUUUCCUGACUCAUAUUUGUUGACUUUUUAACAUUAGGUUUUACCGCACUGAACAGUCCUUGGUUUAGGUUUAUGUUUAAGCUAUAUCAGACACUGGGCAAGGAGAGGAAUUCAGGGAGGUAAGGAGGGAGAAACAUAUAUUUUUCUGAAUGUAAUUUUUCAUUAUUCACACUGUUUCCACUGCAUGGACUGAAUACAAGCAGCACUGCAGCAUCACAUUCUCUCCUCAUCAUUCAUUUAAUGACAAAACAAGCUCUCUUGGCUCCCUUUGUUUUGAAAGUACUUGUUCUGGUUGUGGAAUAUAAUCUCAAGCCUCACCUGGGAAGAUGUCUCACUUUUUUGAAGGAGACUGGAGGUUUGGUGAUGCCUGAAUAAUUUGACCCCGACUUGUUGCUUUGAUUUCAGGAUAUGUUGAGUUUAUUUUUGUUUAUGCACUUGCUUUGGCAAUGUUAACAUCUGUUUCCCAUACCACUAAAGCUCCAUUGAAUUGAGUAAAGAGAAUUUUACAAAGCAUACUGUCUCUCAAACCUGUCAGUUAUUCUGGGUCCAGCUGGGUCAACGUGACCGUGAGGACGCCAGAAGGCAGGCGAGAAUUUGGAAACAGCUACAAAACAGCAAAAGACACACAACAUUCCUCGUGGGCUUUUUAGGACGGAAAUGAACCCUUGUGCUCUUUGCCACUCCUGUCAUUUCUGGUAACUCUUUAUAUACAUACGAAAGAUGUGUGAUGGCAGUGAUAAAUUCCACAAUUGUUUUUAUUUAUUACCGUGCUUUUUAGUUCUUGCUGUAUUUUGAAGACAGGAUGAGGUAAUAAGCUGGUUUGCAUUUGAGUGUAAUGAAAGGCCCACUCACCUUUCCCUUUGACCUUUGAGAAGGCUAAAGGAAGGGGAGGUAUAUGAAACACCCUCUGUAUUCACCCUCCCGUCUUCCUGUACUAAUUUCCCAGUAUGCUAUUGUGAUGUUACCGACCAUACAGUGAACAUAAACGUGAAUAAAAGAUGGAUUUAAGUUUAAAUGGUUUAAACUGCUAUGCUUUUUUUUUUUUCUUCCAGUGCCAACUUGAAAUGUCACCAUGUGUCCUUUUGUAAGCAUUCACUGUUCAGUACAACGCAAUAGAAAGUUUGUUUAAAAAAAAAAAAAAUGUGUUAUGGUGUUAUCCAAAGACAGUUUGGGUCCUCUGUGGUGUACAUUGUUCUCUGUGCCAGGAGACACACAAAGGCUUUGCAAACAAGAAAAAGUCACCAUGUAGCUCAGAAAAGAGUCUGCAAAAUAAGACCUAUGCUUUUUAAAAAUGUUUCUUAAAAUAUAUUAUGCAAAGUGAUUGAAAAUCUAAGUUGUUUGGGCACAGCCUGGUGUCAUCAAACAUUUUAACAACUUUAUUGCAACAGUUCAGAUUUGCAGCAUUUAUGUUUGUAUAUUUAGCUUGAUAAUUCUACAUGUUGAAUAGAUCAUACUUGGCAGGCAGUCCUUUUGUCUCCCAUUGACAUUGGUUUAGGAAUAUUUAUUUCUUGUAAUUUAGCAUGCAUGGUGUCUUGAAUACCACUGGUCAGAUUUUGACAACAAUUUGGCAACUGAUAUGUGCAGAUCUGUGCUGUGUGAAAAUGUUUCUCCAAAGUACACCAGGCACACUUAUGAGUGUACCACAAUGUGAUGUUUACACUGUGACUGGCCCAGGAGGUGCCUGCAUUAUUGCUGUAGAUCUUUUACUUUAUUCCACACAAUAAUAUAUCAGUAUCUCUCUA